AUGAUGCGCAUGGUAGGGUCUAAGUUGUUGGCUCGGCUGCUUCUUCUCAUAUCAUCCAUAACGUUGAUAUCGUUGAUGAUAUUAACUCGUUGCGGGUUUGGUGGAUUAAUACUGAAAGAAAAUGACACGAUUAUUAAUACAAGCUCAAGCGGUAGAGAACCGGAGGCGGCAUACCAUGUUGAUGAACGUGCACGGGAUGCUCAAAUAACGAUGGAAUUCUUCGCCCAGCCCAACCAUUAUCAGCCUCCUGACCAUGAGCAACAAAGUGGCUAUUUGCAAAUGCUGCAACAGCGUGAGGAAGAAAAUCUCAAAGAGGUAGCGAAACUGACGGCCGAAAUACGAGCCUUGAAACUUCAGAUCCUGCAAUUGAAAAACAGUCUAAAUGGGGCUUCCAAUCCGUCGUCAAUCGCCCAGCCAAUCAACGCCGAUACCGCGGACACCAUGAACCAAUCGAUGCUCUCACUAAACGCUCCUCAACCUACGCAAACGGUGCAUGAUUGCUCCACAUUCAUACGGCGGCAGGUAGGAUCGGCCGAGAUCCUGCAUGGACUGCCGUUGAACAACGAGUACGAGUUGAUACCGUUCAAUCACUUCACAUUCAACCGCUUAUAUCCAAUAGAAUUGGGGCUUGGAAAGCGUGUCGUCGAAAAACCGAUCGGAUAUAAAAGAAAGGACAUACUGGGCGCGUUGAAUAAGGCACUGGAGUCGCUCAAUCGUAACAUUACCUCCACUGCUCAGCGCUAUACCUUGGAUGAUUUUAUCGAAGGUAUGUAUCGCAACGAGCCCACAACUGGCACUCAGUACGAGCUGCACUUUCGCACCAAAGAUCUAACCAACCAAAGCCAACAACAGCAGAUCGCACAACAUUCGCAUGACACGCAUUCGCACGGUACCACGAAGUUGAUCGUUAUGCGACCAUUUGCCCCACUGCAAACUGUGCAGUUGGAGGAGUAUGCAAAACCGAACGAAAAAGAACUGAUCUAUAUCAUCUUGCCCCUGUCCGGACGGACUGCUACAUUCCAAAGCUUCAUGGACAAGUACGUGAAGAUUGCACUGAAACACGACAAGCGUGUCCACCUGACGGUAGUAUAUUUCGGUGAGCACGGUUUGUCGGCGGCUCGGACGAUCAUGAGCCGCGUUAUUGGAAUGAAAAAUAGCGGAGGCACUGAUGCGAACUUGAAACUGCUCGCGCUCAACGAAACCUUCUCAAGGGCAAAAGCACUACGAGUUGGGACCGAAAAUGUAUGGGCCUCGCAAACGCCAGCGGACAAACGGAAAGAUAUACUUUUAUUUAUGUGCGAUGUAGAUAUCGUAUUUAGUGCAAAGUUCCUCGAUAGGUGCCGAUGGAAUACCAAGCCAAAUAAGAAAGUCUAUUAUCCAGUUGUCUUCAGUCUGUACAACCCACACGUGGUGUACACGCUACAGGGGAAAGAAAUUCCUCCCGAAACGGAUCAACUAGUAAUUAGCAAAGAUUCGGGAUUUUGGCGUGACUUCGGUUACGGCAUGACCUGCCAGUAUAGAUCUGAUUUUUUGCGAGUGCGAGGUUUCGACGAGGAGAUCGUUGGUUGGGGCGGCGAGGACGUAAUGCUGUAUCGAAAGUAUGUACGAUCGCACGUGAAGGUGAUACGAGCCACCGAUCCCGGCGUAUUUCACAUCUGGCAUCCAAAGGUAUGCACAGGACCUGCCACAUCGCCUACCGGCGGACAACGGCAGCUUACACUGGAUCAAUAUCGAGCUUGCAUCCGGUCACGUGCUCUCAACGAGGCAUCACACGCACAACUCGGGUUUUUAGCUUUCCGUGAUGAUAUUAUAGCGGCUGCCGAUGCCAAUUCGCUGGCGCAAGAUGCAACCAUCGGGUUGGAAGCGGGUGCGCAUCGGGAUUUAGUGCGCGGCGCAUAUCACGACGCUAAAAUCAUCAACUAUAUGAAUUUGAUAAAUGCGUCCGGCCAAAAAAACAUCAACCCCAACCCUUCACUGUCUAGCCAGAAUACUCACGAUAGAAAGAGUACAUGAUCUUUUGUGGUACAUCAUCAGGAGAGUGUUUGGAAAAUUGAGUUUUAGUAGGUUACCUUAGUUGGGGUUGGUGAAGAUCACACACGUUCUUUAGUUGUUGUUAUUCUUGUUGUAAGAAAUUCCGAUCAAACUUCUUUCGCUAUUUAUUACAAAACACGUAUCGAAAAGCUGUACAUAGAGUUGUGUAUAUAUAGCAGCGGAAAUCCAUUUACCUUUGAAUAGGCGUGAAGAAAACAAAUCCAAAUUAGUUUGAACACUCGCGUAACACGCACAGUGACAUGCGUGAAAGGUGUUUUAAAAUAUUAAUUAGCAUGCAGAGCAAUAGAAUGAAGAAAAAAAAAUUGAUAACAAAUAAAUGAUAAAAUUGCUCCAGUUAAAUUAUGGAAAAAUCUCUCGAACAACAUCGAACAAAGCUCGACUGUUGUCAAUCAUAAUUAGAAGUAUAGUAAUUUCAUCAAGCAAUUUAGUGCAUUCAAAUUUAGUUGAUUUGCUCGAACAAACCUAUGUUUUAUUUGAAACAAAUAUCAAUCGGAAAACUAGAGUGAGAGAAAGAAUAGCUAUAAAUAAUGAAGGUUUGAAGCAAUCUUACACUACCAAAGUGCUAAUGCUUACGAGCAUACAAUGACAUACAAAUCUAUCCUUCAUUUAUUAGUUUAGUUGAAAUACUGUCGAUUAGAUUUAUGUUUUAUUGACGCUCAAAGCUCCAUGAUAGAUUCUCUAAACAAAUGUUUGUUAUACUAUGCAAAACAUGUUAUGAGAUUUAAUUUAUGUAAUUAUAAUGUUGUGUAAUUUUCCAAAUUUAAGAAUAAAACCGACUUCA